AUGCUACCGCCCGAACUUGUGGAUAUCCUGUGCGAGCAUCUGGACAUUGGCUCUCUUGUCGCUCUCUCGCAAACCAGCACUUCAUGGAGAGGGGCUAUCAAUGAUACCGUCUUCAAGACCCGUUUGACAAGGAUAUGUCCGUGGUUUGAACCCCACCUGUCACGCCGCUUCUCGUGGAAGGAGUGUGCUGCAGUUUAUGAGACAAGACUCAAUGGAGGGAGAAUUGCUUCAGCAUUGGAAUUAACCAGCUGUAACAAGUUCUCAGAACCACUAAAGAUCCGGUCCGGGGCUGAACAACUUGACAACAGGAAACUGCUGGAGAACCCAGUGUACACCAGUGAACACGGAAUCCAAGUCGAUCUAGCUGACUAUGUCAAGCAUUUGAGGAAACGGCCAGAUUAUGAGCGAGAUGACAACUUCACAAGAAUCAUAUCGCUACCCGAUAUGCUCAUAGUCGUCUGGUUAUCGUCCACCAUGUGUUCAUGGGUCAACUUGUGUGACAUUCGGGUAAAGAUGAGAGGAGACGGAGACGGAGACGGUGACAAGAAUGUCUCCCUCAAAGCUGACUGUAGUCAACAGUUGGAAGUUCAUACCAUGCCGUGGUUUCAGGUUCUGGGCACACAUGUCUUUCUCGUCACUAUUGAGUACUGGAAUAGCGACAGAGACCCUAGAUGGACCUUGUGGUAUGUUGAUGGAGGAAUCAGGAAACUGUUUCAAUGUCCCGGAGAACGUCCUCAAUCAGUAGUAUGUUAUGAUGGCUUGUUUCGCUACUUUGAAGACAACACAUACCAUGUGUUUCAGGUGGGGUUAGAUGGAACGGAGGUACGAGACUCUACCGACUUUUUCCUCACAGCCCUUCACUUUUGGAACGAGCAAGAUGAGGUAUAUCCUCGCAAUAACUACUCGGUGAUCAUAGAUGAGAAUGAUAGGCCGUACAUUGUUGACUAUGAUGGGGGGACGGUGCACAGUGCUAGGAAGGACGGAGAUGUUUAUUCGAGUCACGUGUGA